GCGAGCUACUCGCUACAAGAAACGGUACAGGGUGAAAAAACAGAACCAAGCGAACUGCAGCAACCUGUUGACAAAAGAACCUUUGGUGCUUUUUUUCUGUUAAAGAGCGGAAAUGAGAGCUGUCCUAGCAUGGAAGGAAACGAUCCGUGAGCAAUGCGUUUAUGACCUCGCCUUCAAACCAGAUGGUAGCCAACUCAUAAUUGCUGCAGGGCUUCGUGUCCUGGUUUACGAUGCAACAGAUGGCAGUAUUAUUCAGCCUUUAAAAGGACACAAAGACAUAGUGUACUGUGUGGCUUAUGCCAAAGAUGGUAAAAGAUUUGCCUCAGGGUCAGCAGACAAAAGCAUUAUUAUCUGGACUUCUAAACUGGAGGGUAUUUUAAAAUAUACUCACAAUGACUCUAUCCAGUGUGUUGCCUACAACCCAGUCACUCACCAGCUUGCCUCCUGCUCAUCUGGUGACUUUGGCCUGUGGUCUCCAGAGCAAAAGUCUGUAAACAAACAUAAAGUGAGCAGCAAAAUAACAUGUUGUGGGUGGACAAACGAUGGGCAAUACCUUGCUCUGGGUAUGAUGAAUGGAGUGGUGAGCAUUCGGAACAAAAAUGGGGAGGAGAAGGUCAAAAUAGAGCGUCCAGGAGGCUCCUCUUCUCCUAUCUGGUCCAUAGCCUGGAAUCCCUCCAAGGAUGAGCACAAUGACAUUCUGGCUGUGGCAGACUGGGGUCAGAAGCUCUCCUUUUAUCAGCUCAGUGGAAAACAGAUUGGAAAAGACAGGACUCUCACCUAUGACCCGUGCUGCGUCGGCUACUUCUCUAAGGGCGAGUAUAUAGUGAUGGGUGGCUCUGAUAAACAGGCGUCCCUCUACACAAAAGAUGGUGUGCGGCUAGGAACUAUUGGAGAGCAGAACUCCUGGGUGUGGACUUGCCGGGUUAAGCCUGACUCCAACUUUGUGGUUUUGGGCUGCCAGGAUGGGACCAUCGCCUGCUACCAACUUAUCUUCAGUACAGUUCAUGGCCUCUACAAGGAUCGUUACGCUUACAGAGAUAGCAUGACUGAUGUCAUUGUCCAGCACCUCAUCACUGAACAAAAAGUGAGGAUCAAGUGUCGUGAGCUCGUGAAGAAGAUCGCCAUCUAUAGAAACCGUCUUGCCAUCCAGCUGCCCGAGAAGAUCCUCAUCUACGAGCUCUAUUCAGACGACUCCUCAGACAUGCACUACCGCGUCAAGGAGAAAAUAUGCAGGAAGUUUGAAUGCAACUUGCUGGUCGUCUGCUCCCAACAUAUCAUUCUGUGUCAGGAGAAGAGACUCCAGUGUCUGUCCUUCAACAGUGUGAGGGAAAAGGAAUGGGUGAUGGAAUCUCUAAUUCGAUACAUCAAAGUGAUUGGUGGUCCACCAGGCAGAGAGGGCCUACUCGUAGGGUUAAAGAAUGGCGCUAUAUUAAAGAUAUUUGUUGACAACCCGUUUCCCAUCACGCUGCUGAAGCUAACAACGUCAGUGCGCUGUCUGGACAUGAGCGCCUCCCGCAAUAAACUGGCUGUGGUGGAUGAGCAUAACACUCUCCUCGUCUAUGACAUCAGGAGUAAAGAGCUACUUUUUCAGGAGCCUAAUGCCAAUAGUGUAGCCUGGAACACCCAGUGUGAGGACAUGCUGUGCUUCUCUGGGAAUGGCUACCUUAAUAUCAAGGCUAGCAACUUCCCUGUACACCAGCAGAAGAUGCAAGGCUUUAUGGUUGGCUACAAUGGCUCCAAGAUAUUCUGCCUCCAUGUGUAUUCCAUGUCUGCAGUGGAGGUGCCGCAGUCUGCACCCAUGUACCAGUACUUGGAGAGGAAGAUGUUUAAGGAGGCCUACCAGAUUGCCUGCCUGGGUGUGACAGAUAGUGACUGGAGGGAUUUGGCCACAGAAGCCCUGGAGGGACUUGACUUUGAGACUGCCAAGAAGGCCUUCAUUAGAAUCCGAGAUCUGCGCUACCUGGAACUAAUCAAUAGCAUUGAGGAGAGGAAGAAGCGGGGUGAGAACGACAAUGACCUGUUUCUGGCAGACGUCUACGCCUACCAGGGGAAAUUCCACGAGGCAGCCAGGCUCUACAAACGUACUGGCCACGAAUCCAGAGCGCUGAGCAUGUACACUGACCUGCGCAUGUUCGACUACGCCAAGGAGUUUGUUGGAGUGACAGACCCAAAGAGCUCUCGGAUGCUGAUGACCAAGCAGGCAGACUGGGCUAAGAGCAGCAAGGAGCCGCGGGCAGCAGCAGAGAUGUACCUGUCAGCAGGAGAACAUCUCAAAGCUAUAGACAUUAUAGGCGAACACGGCUGGGCAGACAUGCUGAUCGACAUCGCCCGUAAAUUGGACAAGGCUGAACGCGAACCGCUAGCAAAAUGUGCACUCCACUUUAAGAGGCUGAAACACCAUGGCUAUGCCUCAGAGACUUACUCUAAGAUGGGGGACUUGAAGGCUCUGGUGCACCUGCAUGUAGAAACCCGGCACUGGGAAGAGGCCUUCUCACUGGUGGAGAAACAUCCGCAGUUCAAAAACGACGUCUUUGUGCCGUACGCCCAGUGGCUGGCUGAAAAUGACCGUUUCGAGGAGGCUCAAAAGGCAUUUCACAAGGCUGGACUUCAGAAUGAGGCCGUGAAAGUCUUGGAGCAGCUUACCCAGAAUGCAGUAGUGGAGAACAGGUUCAAUGAUGCAGGGUACUAUUACUGGAUGCUGUCUAUGCAGUGUCUGGAUAUUGCCAAAGAAAGUGAAGAACAGAGGGGAGAAAUGCUGAAGAAGUUUGAACGUUUUCAGCAUCUCGCUGAGCUCUACCACGUGUAUCGCUCAAUCCAGCGAUACACGGAUGAGCCCUUCAGUUCUCACAUGCCAGACACGCUCUUCAACAUCUGCAGAUUCCUCCUGAACAACCUCACAAAGGACAUGCCACCAGGCAUCUCUAAAGUAAACACUUUAUAUGCGCUGGCCAAGCAGAGCCGACAGCUUGGUGCAUAUAAGCUUGCAAGGUAUGCAUACGAGAAGCUGCAGGAGCUGCACAUUCCCUCACGCUUCCAAGAGUCUACAGAGCUGGGCAGCCUCACCAUUCGUUCCAAACCUUUCCACGACAAAGAGGAUCUGAUUGAGGGCAUGAUGUGCUACCGCUGCUCCACCAACAACCCCCUGCUGAACAACCACGGGAGUGUGUGCAUUAACUGCAGGCAGCCUUUCAUCUACUGCGCAUCGUCAUAUGAUGUGCUGCCGCUGGUCCAGUUCUACCUGGAGGAAGACAUCUCUGAUGAGGAUGCUCUGUCUCUUAUUGAUCUAGAAGUUCCUCACACAGAUCAGAGGGCUGCACGAUGGCAGGAUAUAGACAAUGGUGAUCUCCAAUCUUUGAGGAUGGAUGAGGGUUUGGACGAUGAAGAGGAAGAUCCAUUUACAGCCAAAAUGAGCUUUGAGCAGGGGGGCUCAAACUUUGUCCCAGUCAAGGUGAGUCGUUCUGUGCUGCGCGCCAUGAGCAGGAGGGACGUGCUGAUCAAACGCUGGCCCAGGCCGCUCAAAUGGGAAUACUUCCGCUCCCUGCUGCCUGAAGUCAGCAUUACCAUGUGUCCUACCUGCUUCAAGAUGUUUCACAGUGAAGAUUAUGAGCUCCUGGUGCUUCAGCAUAACUGCUGCCCAUACUGUCGGAGGCCCAUCGACGAACCAAACUGACGGUGAACUGAAAGUGGAGCACCUAAUUUAAACAUUUUUGUCUUCUGAUUAGAUUUUCUUUAAAACUGUGCAGUACGUUUGGCGUGUGUAUAUUAUAGGAGCAGCUCUUUGUUAUCCAAGGUUGAAUGGCUGAAGUAAUACCUAGUGUUUGUGUGUCGGUCAUUACAGAGUGUAAGAAAAGUGCACCAUCAGCCAAUAAAGCCACUGGAUUAUUAGGAUCAGAUUACCCCGGGCCAGUCAGUGAUGACAUCAUUCACUCUAUAAGUGUACAGUGUAAAGAUAUAAAUAGAAAACUUUUUUUUGAUAUAAUAAAAAACAUAUUUGUUGUGCAGAGAAUUUUCCUAUUCACAAUAAUGAGAUAAUAUUCUACCAUUGAGUCUACAGCUUUAUGCACUACAGCUGCACUGUACGUUUCAUAACAAUACAAGAUCAUUUGUUGUUAAGUCACAAGAAAUUGAUUUUUAUAUGCUUGCAAAUAUCCUUUCAAUAAAUUGUAUAUUGGCAAUUUGUAAAA